UUCAGUUUCAAAAUCCUACUACACCCUGCGAUGGCUUCCGAACAAGAGCCAAAAACGAUUCCCCUCAAAAUCUUAAUAGACAGAGAAAACAACAAAGUUGUCGCUGUAGAAGCAACCAAGGACUUUGUUGACACUCUCUUCAGCUUCCUAUCUCUUCCACUUGCCACUAUCAUUCGCCUAUUAACCACCAACAAUGAUCAACAACAACAACAACAAUCCUCAGAAUCAUCAUCAUCAUCAUUCCUUGGAAACAUAAAAAAUCUCUACCAAAGUGUACAAAACCUCACCCCAAACGAUGUUUGGAACAACCCUUUAUGCAAACAAAUGUUGUUGAAUCCCAAAAAUCCAUGUGAAUCACUGUGCAUGAAGCUGUUCUUGAAUAUUGAUGACACUGAGAAAUCAAGUAAGUUUUUUGUGUGUGAUUCUUGUAACAAGUUUACAACUUUUCAGAAUCUUGAUUGUACUUGUGGAAAACCCACUAAUAGACAGCCUAAAAAUUUGGAUUUUGAGGGUCAGGGGAAUGGUGGCAGUGUUGAUGCCCUAAAUGGGGUUUUUGUUAGAGAAAAUGGGGCAAUGUUUUUGGUGUUUGAUGAUUUGAAGAUUGUGCCUAGUUCUUUGAUGACUUCUACGGAGCAUUUGAUGGAAUUGGGGUAUUCUGAUUUGACUCAAUUAGAGGAAGUCACACACAACAUUGGAAAGCAAGAGAUAUUGAACCUUCUCAAGUACACCUUAAUCUCUCACGAGCCUCUGACAAAUACAAUUUUGAAAAGUAGCUCAAAGAAUAAAGAAAACCCACCAAACCAAUUUGCAUCAGCAGUCAGAGAAAGGCCUUGCACUCGCGACGUUAAAAUGGAUGUUAAGCUAGCACGAAGUAAAUCUCAAAAGAAAAUAAUCUUUGCAGAAGCAAGUGAGAACUUUGUUGACUUCAUGUUUAGCUUCCUUACAAUACCAUUAGGGUCCAUUGUAAAGGUUUUGGAUGGUAACUCUUUUGUUGGAUGUGUUGAUAAUUUGUACAAGAGUGUUGAGACCUUGGACUCUUCAUGGUGCAUGGAUUCGCGCUCCGUGUUACUCAAUCCUGGCCUACCACCACAAUUUGGUUGUCCAAACCAGCUCCUCAAUAUUCCUGAUGCACAAGCACAACCAGCCAAUACUUAUUAUUAUGGUACUGGAACACCAAAGCCAAAGUAUGAUUCCUAUCAUGAUCGUUAUAAUAUCGUUCAAGAAAAGAUAGAGGGAGGAGUGAUUUCUAAGACAAUAGGAUCAAUUUAUAAGGGAAGACUCUUGACUCCAUUGGAUCCAAAAUUCCUCAACAAAUCAAACGAUGGUGUUGUGGGAUUUGUGAAGAGACCAGCAUUAUAUGGUGUUAGUGAUGAUCUAAAAGUAAAAUUACUUUCUUCUAGUUCUUGCCUUUCAUAUUUGAAAGAAUUAAGCCUUCCCCUUGAUGAUCUUGAAAUGAAGGUGAUAAGCAUCGGUGAAGCUGAGGCUUUGAACCUCCUUGCAGCUUCAUUGACAUCAAAAUCUACACUGACUAGUGGACUAGAAGAUUUUUUUAUUGUGCCAAAACAAGAAUCAAAUUUGACCUCAAAGUAUAUACAAACUAGCAGGCUUGAUGAACUUGCAAAGGAGCCUAUACCAGAAGCCUAA